AUGAUCUGGAUAGCCGGCACUUUUUUCUGUUCACUUAUUUUUUCGAUUUCUUCAUCAUCCCAAGUGAAAGCAGAUUCAUGUGAUAUUUAUAGUCAUCCACAAUACGGUAUUGGUCAAUGUAUUGAACAAAAUCAAUGUCCCAACGCUUUAUAUCAAUCUGGUUUAUGUGAAUCUCAACCAGCGAAUAUCAAAUGUUGCUUUUCAUUAGGGCCAAUGACGGAAGAAUUUCGUGCUGUUUGGAUUGCUACUGUAACUAAUAUUGAUUGGCCAUCAUCUAGAACGGCGACACCAGCUCAACAACAAACUGAAUUAAUCAAUAUUCUCAAUACAGUUCAAAAACUGAAUAUGAAUGCUGUUGUUUUCCAGAUUCGUCCUGUUGGUGAUACAUUCUAUGCUUCAACAUUAGAACCAUGGAGUUUGUAUUUGACUGGUGCACAUGGUAAAGCACCAUCACCAUUAUGGGAUCCGCUGACAUUCAUUGUAUCUGAAGCCCAUAAACGUAAUAUUGAAGUACAUGCUUGGCUCAACCCAUAUCGUGGUCGAAUGUCUGGUGCAACUUAUGAAUUAUCAUCAAAUCAUAUGGCUAAACGAUUUCCAAAAUAUGCGUAUACAUAUAACAAAUAUAUAUGGAUGGAUCCCGGUUCAGUGGAAGUUCAACAAUUUAUUGUUAAUGUUACUGAAGAUAUUGUUCGUCGAUAUGGGGUAGAUGGUAUACAUAUGGAUGAUUAUUUUUAUCCGUAUAGUGAUGGAACCGAAUUUCCUGAUGCAGCAACUUAUACUGCAUAUCAACAAACAGGCGGUAAAUUAAACAAAGGUGACUGGCGUCGUUCGAAUGUGAAUACUUUAAUUAA